AUGGCGGGCGGCGGCGAUCUCCAGGGCGCGAAGAAGCGCAAGCGCGAGCACGCGGAAGGGAAGGCCAAGCCUCGGCCGCAUGUUAAGGGAGGCGGGGACGGAGCGAAGCGGAAGAAGCACUCGGCCGCCGGCGGCUACGCGGCCGAUGGCGGGGCCGGAGAGGCUGUGGCGAGGAAGAAGACCCCGGUUACCCCCAAGGAGAAGCGCCUCGCGGCCAAGGAAAUGUCGGAGGCCAGGAAGAUGAAGAGGAAGCGGCAUUACAGCCUUGAGAAGGAACUAACGAAACUGUGGGAAAAGAUGAGAUGCCACGAUGUGAGCAAAGAGGAGAGGUCCAAGGUAGUAAGUGAGGCUAUCAAGAAAAUGGAUGGAAAAUAUUUGGAUAUCGCCACAUCACAUAUUACUGCACGUGUUCUUCAAACAUGUGUAAAGUGGUGCUCACAGUCAGAGAGGGAUGCUAUUUUUGAUGUUCUACAUCCACAUUUGCUCGAUCUUUCUCGCAAGAAAUAUGCGGUUUUCCUUGUAAAGAAGCUUGUAGAACUCGCCUCUAAAAAACAGUUUGCCAGUUUCAUCUCUUCUCUUCAUGGUCGUGUUGCCAAACUUCUUCAUCAUACUAUAGGAGCUGCAGUCGUUGAUUAUGCAUUUCAGCGGGGAACAAAACGUCAGAAAAGACAGUUGUUACUGGAACUGUACUCCACUGAACUUCAGCUUUUCCAGGAUCUGACUUUGCAAAGUUCCUGCUGUUUGAUAGAUACAAUUUCCAAGCUUGGGUUGCAGAUAUCAUCUGUCCUGCAGUACAUGACUAUUGUGAUUCAUAAAAUCCUGGAGAAAGGUACUGUUGAGUAUUCAAUAGUGCACACGGCCAUAUUGGAGUACUUUACAAUUGCAGAUAAGACCUCAGCCUCGGACGUUAUUUGUCAACUUAUCCCCCUUCUUACUCAAGGAGCAUUAAUCAUAGAUGGAGAUGAACCAUCAAAUGCUCCGGAGCUACCAAAGAAAACAAAAGCUAAGAAGAAAAGGUCGAAAGAGCCACUUAUCGUUAGGAUCAUGCAGACAAGGGAAGGAUUAAAACUAGGAAUUAGUUGCCUCAAGCAUGGCAGUGCAAAGACAAGAUUCAAGUUUGUUCUUAAAAUGGAUUCGAUUUACCCUCAGUCCUCUGCUAACACAUCUCUUUUUAUCCAGUUCCUUAUCUGCAUUAUUUCCAUUGUUGAUGACACAAAGCUUGUUUCUAAGAUUGUCAUUCAAGAGCUGGCAAAACAUAUAAAGCAACUCAUUUUUGACAAGGGUGAGAUAUCAGAGAGUGCUACCGAAGUUAAAUCAGAAAAUGAAGUAGAUGGUGUGAUUGAUGACGAUCCCAAUGGCUUAGUAGGCAUGCAAACUGUGUCUGAGAGCAAGAAGGAUCCAUUACAAAGGCGACAUGAACUGUUGAUCAAAAGUGAGCUUGCCGAGACUCUCAUCCAAUCAUGCCUUGAAAGUGUUGGAGAAUUACUUCGAACAAAUUUUAGCAAAGAAGUAUUAUAUGAGAUCGCUGUUGGUGGUAAAGACAAUGUUUUGGAGGGCCUCACUGAUAGGAUCCACAUGUUGCAUGAUGCAAUAGUGUCUGAUGCAGCCCAACCGAAGACUGAAGAUAUUGAACAUGCAUUUGAGAACUUCUUUUCCAGCCGUGUAAUCAGAAGAAUGAUAAUUGACUGUCCAGCUUUUGCAGUCAUUCUCUGGAGAAAGGCUCUUGAAGGGAAGUGCAAGAUAUGGGCUGAAGGACACAGUUCGAAGGUGGUUGCAGGUUUCCUGGAAUCGCCAAGUAAGGAGGUCAAGGAUCUUGCAAAACCUGAGCUGCAGCCACUGGUUGAUGCUGGCAUCCUUAAAGUGCCCGACCCUAAGGUUGUUCAGAAAUGA